UGGGGUUUUUUUCUAUGGGGUUUGUCUAUGGGGUUUUUUUCUAUGGGGUUUUUUCUAUAGGGUUUCUCUGUGGGGUUUCUCUAUAGGGGCCAUGGCCGGGGGCCAGGAGGGGCCGAGCCCCCGACCCAGCGAGGAGGAGCCCGGGAGUGACGGGAGGAGCACGUCGGAAAGGGUUGUGGAUCUGCUGAAUCAGGCGGCGCUGAUCGGGAACGAGGGGAAAAUCUCCAUCCUAAAACAGGUGCAGGAGCUGAUCAUCAACAAGGACCCCACCCUGCUGGACAAUUUCCUGGAUGAAAUCAUCGCCUUCCAGGCCGACAAAUCCAUCGAGGUGCGGAAAUUCGUGGUGGGAUUCAUCGAGGAGGCCUGCAAGAGGGACAUGGAGCUGCUGCUGAAGCUCGUGGCCAACCUGAACAUGCUGCUCAAGGACGACAACGUCAACGUGGUCAAAAAAGCCAUCCUGACCAUGACCCAGCUCUACAAGGUGGCCCUGCAGUGGAUGGUGAAGUCCAAGGUGAUCAGCGAGCUGCAGGAGGCCUGCUGGGAGAUGAUGUCCUCCAUGGCCAGCGACAUCAUCCUGCUGCUGGACUCGGACAACGACGGCGUCCGCACUCACGCCAUCAAGUUCGUGGAGGGGCUCAUUGUCACCCUGUCCCCCCGCACGGCCGACUCCGACGUCCCCAAGCGGCACGAGAACGACGUCAGCCUGGAGCGCAUCCCCAGGGACCACCCCGUCAUCAAGUACAACGUGCUGUGGGAGGAAGGCAAGGCGGCUCUGGAGCAGCUCCUCAAGUUCAUGGUGCACCCGGCCAUCUCCAGCAUCAACCUGACGGCCGCGCUCGGCUCUCUGGCCACCAUCGCCCGCCAGCGGCCCAUGUUCAUGGCCGAGGUCAUCCAGGCCUACGAGACCCUCCAUGCCAACCUGCCACCCACGCUGGCCAAGUCCCAGGUGAGCAGCGUGCGGAAGAACCUGAAGCUGCACCUGCUGAGCGUCCUGCGGCACCCGUCCUCGGGCGACUUCCAGCCCCAGAUCACGACGCUGCUGGUGGACCUGGGCACGGCGCAGGCCGAGAUCGCCCGCAGCACGCCCAGCCCCCGCGACGGCCGCAAGAGGCCACGGGACGAGCCCGAUGCCACCCUCAAGAAGAUGAAGAUCGAGCCCCCCCUGGGCGAGGAUGACGAGGACAAGGACCUGGAGACGCCGGCGGUGGCCGUGGCCAAGGUGGCCGGAGCGGUCACUGUCCCCUCGGACACCGACAUCACGGCCGAGUUCCUGCAGCCCCUGCUGACCCCCGAGAACGUGGCCAACCUGGUGCUGAUCAGCAUGGUGUACCUGCCCGAGGCCAUGCCCGCCUCCUUCCAGGCCACCUACACACCUGUGGAGUCGGCCGGAACCGAGGCGCAGAUCAAACACCUGGCCAGGCUCAUGGCCACCCAGAUGACCGCGGCCGGGCUGGGGCCAGGUGUGGAGCAGACCAAGCUGCUGCGGGAGGAGCCCAAGGAGGAGAAGGUGGCCAAACCGGACGGGGCCGUGGUCAUCAAGAGACGCCUGUCGGCCCUGGGCCAGGGCCAGGCCAUCGCCGUGCUGGGAGCGCACGGCUCGCCCGGGGGGCUGCUGGACGAGACCCCCCAGGCCAAGCGCCGGCCCGAGCCCAUCAUGCCGGCCACGCAGCCACGGCUCCCAGGUGCGGGUGGCCGGAAGAAGGUGUUCCGGCUCAGCGAGGUGCUGAAGCCGCUCAGCGAGGUGCAGGUGGAGAAGCUCAAGCUCGGAGCCGUUCGGCGCAUCCUGCGCUCCGAGAGAGCCGUGGCAGCCAGCGGGGCUGCUCAGGCCCGAGUGAAGAUCCUGGCCUCGCUGGUGACGCAGUUCGAGGUUCCCCUCAAGGGCGAGGUGCUCUCCUUCAUCCUGGACGACGUCCGCGGCCGCCUGGACCUGGCCUUCGCCUGGCUCUUCCAGGAGUACAACGCUCACCUGGCGCGAGGCGGCCCCGGCGGCCUGGAGCGCUACGACGAGUGCCUGAUCGGGCUGCUGGCCGGGCUGCAGGAGAAACCUGACCAGAAGGACGGGAUCUUCACCAAGGUGGUGCUGGAGGCGCCGCUGAUCACCGAGAGCGCCCUGGAGGUGAUCCGGAAAUACUGCGAGGACGAGAGCCGCACCUACCUGGGCAUGUCCACCUUGCGGGACCUGAUCUUCAAGCGGCCCUCGCGGCAGUUCCAGUACCUGCACGUGCUGCUGGACCUCAGCUCCCACGAGAAGGACAAGGUGCGGCAGCAGGCCCUGCUGUUCAUCAAGCGCAUGUACGAGAAGGAGCAGCUCCGUGAGUACGUGGAGAAGUUCGCCCUCAAUUACCUGCAGCUCCUGGUGCACCCCAACCCCCCCUCGGUGCUUUUCGGGGCCGACAAGGACACAGAGGUGGCAGCUCCCUGGACAGAGGAGACCAUCAAGCAGUGCCUGUACCUGUACCUGGCCCUGCUGCCCCACAACCACAAGCUGAUCCACGAGCUCGCCUCCGUCUACACCGAGGCCAUCGCCGACAUCAAACGGACGGUGCUGCGCGUCAUCGAGCAGCCCAUCCGAGGGAUGGGGAUGAAUUCCCCCGAGCUGCUCCUGCUGGUCGAGAACUGCCCCAAAGGCGCCGAGACUUUGGUGACGCGGUGCCUGCACAGCCUGACGGACAAAGUGCCGCCCUCACCUGAGCUGGUGAAGAGAGUUCGGGAUCUGUACCACAAACGGCUCCCGGACGUCAGGUUCCUGAUCCCCGUCCUCAACGGGCUGGAGAAGAAAGAAGUGAUUCAGGCAUUGCCCAAACUCAUCAAACUCAACCCCAUCGUGGUGAAGGAGGUGUUCAACCGACUGCUGGGGGACUCAGCACGGGGGACUCAGCACGGUGACGGUGCCUCGGCCGUGUCCCCCCUGAACCCCGGGGAGCUCCUGAUCGCCCUGCACAACAUCGACUCCUCCAAGUGUGACAUGAAAUCCAUCAUCAAAGUGCCAGUGACAGUUCCAGUGACAGUUCCAGUGCCACCAGUCUGGCGAUGGUGCCAGUGCAGGUGCCACCAGCCGGGUGACAGCGGCGCGGUGUCCCCGCAGUCCCUGGACCUGCAGCGCCCCAUCGACAAGCGCGUGUACAAGGGCACGCAGCCCACGUGCCACGACUUCAACCAGUUCACGGCGGGCACCGAGACCCUGGCACUGCUCGUGGGCUUCUCGGCCGGCCAGGUGCAGUACCUGGACCUGGCCAAGAAGGACAGUGCUGGCCGGCUCUUCAAUGAGGAGCGCCUCAUCGACAAAUCCAAGGUCACCUUGGUCAAGUGGCUACCGGACACCGAGCGCCUCUUCCUGGCGUCCCACGCCAGCGGCCACCUGUACCUGUACGACUCAGAACAACCCUGCGGGGCCACCAGCCCUCAGUACACGCUGGUCACGCAAGGAGAGGGCUUCAGGGUCUUCUCCUGCAAGAGCAAAACCCCUCGGAACCCUCUGCUGAAAUGGGCCGUGGGCUCGGGGCCACUCAACGAGUUCGCCUUCUCGCCGGACGGGCGCUCGUUGGCUUGCGUUAGCCAGGACGGCGUUCUCAGAGUUUUCCACUUCUCCUCCAUGCUGCUCCAAGGAAUGAUGAGGAGUUAUUUUGGUGGCCUCCUCUGCGUCUGCUGGAGCCCCGACGGUCGUUACGUGGUCACCGGCGGCGAGGACGACCUGGUCACCGUGUGGUCGUUCGCCGAAGGUCGAGUGGUAGCCCGCGGCCACGGUCACAAAUCGUGGGUCAACGCCGUGGCUUUCGACCCUUUCACUCCUUCGUCAUCGUCUUCGUCCGACGGAGUCGGGGACGGACAAGGGGACACGCCUGAGGACCCCCCAAGUGUCACCUACCGCUUCGGCUCGGCCGGCCAGGACACCCAGUUCUGUUUGUGGGACCUCACCGAGGACGUGCUGGACCCUCCCCGCGCUCGCCCCAUCCCCGAAGACCCCCCACCCUUUAUCCCGGGGGGGUUACCACGUUCUUUAUCCCGUUCCAACAGCCUCCCCCAACCCGGUGGGGGUCCCCAAAUCUCUCCGAGAGUCCCCCCGAUUCCCGUUUUAAACUUCGGGCGUUUCGCCACUUUAACUUUACGGGAUCCCCCCGAAAAGGAGCACAAACGUUAUCACAGCUUGGGUAACAUCAGCCGAGGUGGGGGGAACGUGGAGAAACCCCCCGGGGGUGGCACGGGGGGGUCUCGGGGGUCUUUGGACACGGCCAAAGUGUUGGGGACGGCGCUGUGCCCUCGGCUGCACGAGGUGCCCCUGCUCGAGCCGCUGGUGUGCAAGAAAAUCGCGCAGGAGAGGCUGACGGUGCUGCUGUUCCUGGAGGAUUGCAUCGUGACGGCGUGCCAGGAGGGGCUCAUCUGCACCUGGGCACGGCCAGGGGUCUCUGGCCUGUCCUCGCAGAACGGCGGCUCCCCGAGCGGCACCGUGGUGUAGCCGUCACCUGUGUCACCCGCCAGGACACGUGUCACCUGUGCCACCCUCGGUGUCACCUUUGUCACCUCCCCCAGGGACUCUCGGGUCACCCGCAGUGCCACCCCCUGUACUACUGACCCCCCCCCCCCCUCUCCGCGGUGUCACCUCUGUCCCCUCCGGCAGUGCCACCUCUGUCCCCUUUGUCCCCAAGGUGGCACCGCCGGGCCCGGGGACCUCCCCUCCCCCUCCCCGUGCCUUUGUCACUUUAUUGUCCCCGAGGGGGUCACCGCGUCCCCUCCCCCCUUAU